UCGCUGGAGCGUGAGUUGGGCCGCUCGGAGCAUCGCUGUGAAGACCAUGCAGCAGCCAAACAUCUUGCUCACCGGUACACCAGGGGUUGGAAAAACCACACUAGGCAAAGAACUUGCAUCAAGAUCAGGACUGAAAUACAUUAAUGUGGGUGAUUUAGCUAAAGAAGGGCAGUUGUAUGAUGGCUAUGAUGAAGAGUAUGGCUGUCCCAUUUUAGAUGAAGAUAGAGUAGUUGAUGAGUUAGAAAACCAAAUGAAAGAAGGUGGAGUUAUUAUUGAUUACCAUGGCUGUGAUUUCUUCCCUGAACGCUGGUUUCAUAUCGUUUUUGUGCUGAGAACAGAUAACAGUGUAUUGUAUAAAAGGCUUGAAACAAGGUAAGAAAGGAAAAUAAUUGAAUUCUUAGAUCAUAACAAAGACUUUAGUUAGGUUUCAGAAGCUGGUCAAUAGUACCCAGAUAAUGGGUUCUGCUUUGAAAAUGUGACCACAUGCUUAGUCUCUUGUUAUAAACCAUGUCUAUGUGAUACCAGCAUUUUGAAUCUUGGAGAAACAAGUUCAUUUGUGAAAACAUAGGCCAUCUUUUCUGAUUAAGUAACUGACUUCUCUCAGCUGAGCCUGUGACUCAGUGAAAUGCAUUAGGUAGAGACCCUGUUUAGCCAGGCGUUCUCUUGGCUGAGGAGCCCUGGUGGCACAGCGAGCUACCAUGGGGCUGCUCACCCACAUGUGGACUGUAGAUGAUUCAAAGCCACCAACCACUCUGAGGACGAAGGUUGAGGCUUCCCGCUCCCAGGAAGCUGGAUAGCAUUGGAGACGUUGUGCAGCAGUUAGGAGUCUAAAUCACCCUGGUGGCAGUGGGUUUGCUUGUGGAAAGCUUUGCUAGGAAAAGGCAAAGGAGCCCUGCUUGAUGAAUGGCUAAUCACUCAGCUGCCAACUGAAUAACAGUAUCAUCCACAGCUGCUGUCUGACCUGCUCUGGUCCAGAUGACAGCUUCGGAAACGCUUUGGGACAGUUCUGCUCUGCCAUGUAGGGUCACUGUAAGUCACAGCCAACCCGAGGGCACACAGCAGGAACAACAGGAAAAGACAGCCAAGCCAAUAGCAUUCUCUGCUUACCGAAUGACCAUUAUCACUCCAAUCCUCCUCAGUAUAAGAAUUAGGAAAUCUUAUGAAAAGUUAAUGAGAUAAAUUAACAUUUCAUGACCUUUAUUUUGUACUAUAAUAUAUAUCUGAGCUAAGUAUAUUUGAACUAAUCCCACCAAUAGAGGAUCAGAUUCAAUCUGGAAUAACAAAUGGAAUUUUUUUAAAAAAAUCAUUUUAUUAGGGG